UUUGCGCACGCGUAGAAUGACAACAUUUCCAGAGGUUGAGACGAGAGAGUAACUGUCUGCGAAUAUGAUUUACAUUAGAAAAUAAAAAGCUUUAUGCUUUUAAUUUGUAUGAUAAUAUUGGUUAUAGUACAAACCAAAACGCCGUAUUACUCGAGGAGAGAACUUUACUCUUGUUAGUGCGUCAUGCUUUUCAAAGUUGGGCCGCCGAUAGACAUUGGAUUAAGGAGGAGAAAAGUUUUAGAACACCACAACUGGAACUCAAACUAACCUCGGAGAUGAAUUUAGGAGUUCCACCAAACGCACUGUUGUUGUUUCGUGCUUGUGAUGAAGGAGACUACGAAACUGCUCGAGGGAUUCUUGAUCCCGGGGCGAAAGAGUCCGGGAGGCAAAGCAGACUGCGGUCAGAAGCGGGAUCGGAAUGCAAUGUUGUGGACAUCUCACGGGGACUUUCGCUGGUGCCAGUGGAUUGCACAGAUGAAGAGGGCAACACCGCGUUGCAGUUUGCCUCGGCGAGUGGACAUGAGAAUCUGGUCCGAUUUCUACUGCGAAAGGGGGCUUCGGUGGACAGCCGUAACAACUAUGGCUGGACGCCUCUCAUGCAGGCUACAAGGUUUGGCCAUCUAAAUGUGGCCCACAUCCUGCUGGAGAACGGGGCGGAGAUGAACGGCAGGAACCGGAUGGGGGCCAGCGUGUUGACUAUGGCGGCCAGAGGGGGCCACACCCAUGUGGCCAAGCUCCUCCUGGAGAGCGGCGCCUACGUCGACGACUACGACCACCUGGCGCUCGCUGAGGGUGUCACCAACAGCAACAACAGUGUCGGAGACGAGGGUGGAAGGGAGUUCAUGGAUAUCACGGCGCUCCUUGCUGCCUCACAGCAUGGCCACGAGGCAUCCGUUCGCCUGCUCCUGGAGUGGGGGGCGGAGGUGAACUUUUCCCAGAAGACCACAGGCUGGGGUGCCCUCAUGCUGGCCACGCUGAGCGGGAAGGUGGUCGUGGCCCAGCAGCUGGUGGAGCGGGGUGCGGACCCGGACCAGGUCAACGUGCUAGCCAAGACUGCCUUCGAGCUAUCGCUGCAGCUCAAUCAGAGGGAUGUCAAGGCCUACCUGGACUCCAUCACCACCGUGCGCCCACAGCCAGAUGACGAGAAGAGGAGACCAGAUGUUUUCAGUGCCUUGAAGUUAGGAAACUCCCAGCUGGUGAAGGAGAUCUUGGAGGAAGAUCCAUCCCAGGUGAACAUGGCCAACCCGGACGGGGCGUCUCCCCUGAUGAUAGCAGCCGUCAGUGGGCAGCUGGAAGUGGUGCAGCUCCUGCUGGAGAAGAGCGCCGACGUGGACAAACAAGAUGGAGUACACGGCUGGACGGCCCUCAUGCAGGCCACGUACCAUGGGAAUAAAGAUGUGGUGAAGUAUCUGCUCAGUCAGGGUGCAGAUGUCAACCUGCGAGCCAAGAAUGGAUACACUGCUUUUGACCUGGUCAUGCUGCUGAAUGACCCAGACACUGAGCUGGUGAGGUUGUUGGCGUCCGUCUGCAUGCAGGUGGACAAAGACAAGGGAAAACACAGGGGCAGGACUCCCCUCACUGGCUCCAAGAGCAGGCAGUCUCUCAAUAAUGUCCCCGUACCACCCGAUGACAGAGGAGGAUUGAAGUCGUGGUGGAACAGGAUGUCUAACAGAUUCCGGAGGCUAAAGCUGACCCACACUCUAAGACACGGGCUAUCCUCCAACCGCCUGGCCCCCUUCCCUGACGAACCCGAGGCGCCUCUGGACGCCACCAUGAAGGCUGAGAGGAAGAGUGCAACCCCGUGCGGGGCGGUGUCGCCCCCUGCAGCCAUGGGGAGUACUGACAUCAGCACGGCCUGGACAGCUAAGAGCAAAGACAGUGGUCUUGGCAGAACGGGCACAGAGAAGGAUGACUUUCUAAUAACCACAAUGCUGAGAAAUGGGGCGCCGCUGACCCGUCUGCCCAACGACAAGCUGAAGGCAGUGAUCCCACCCUUUCUGCCCCCGUCGAACUUUGAGCCGUGGAACUCAGACCGCUCCAGGGUCAUCAAAGAGGGCAAGAGCGAAGCCUCACGGCUGCCCAUGCCACAGAGACCCGGCAAAGCCAACUUCAACAGCAGUGGCAACUCUGACAUUACCUCUAUCAGUCGUGUGGUGAGCAGGUCCAUUAAGUUUCCCAGCCUCACCAAGGGCCCCUCAUCCACCUCCCCCUCCAACUCAGGCAACUACCACUCCCCCCACUCCUCAGGUGGCUCCAACGGGGUGGCAGGGCUCAACCGCCACGGGCCAGACUCACACAACCGCUCAGGGGGCAGUUCAGACAGCGUCCUGUCACAAAUUGCUGCCCAGAGGAAAAGAGCCGCCGGCCUGUUAGAUCCAAAGGCCCAGACAGCAGAGGUGCCAAGCCCCACCCCUGUGCCUGCUCCUGCCCCCACCGUGCCUGACAUCAGUCUCCCAGACAUCCACAGCACCCCCAGCCUGGUGUCCAGCGACGUCCACUCCAGACGGAAAGCUGACCUAAAGAAGAGACCCCAGUCUGGGAACUCCUCCACCUCCAAGAGCACCUCUCCCACCCUGACCCCGUCUCCAUCCCCCACCCCCAAACCUCCCCCGGGGGACUCCCUGUCCUCCGCCUCCUCCCACCCGCGCUCCAAGAGCAGCGGUGGCUCCAGCAGUGGCACCAUCACCGACGAGGAUGAGCUGUCCAGUAUCCUGAAGAAACUUUCGUUGGAGAAGUACCAGCCCAUAUUCGAAGAGCAAGAGGUGGAUAUGGAGGCUUUCCUCACUCUAACAGAUGGAGAUUUAAAGGAACUGGGGAUUAAGACAGAUGGGCCUAGACAACAAAUACUGGCAGCUAUUUCUGAACUCAAUGCUGGGAAGGGGAGAGAGAGGCAGAUUUUGCAGGAGACCAUCCACAACUUCCAGUCCUCCUUUGGCAGCAGUGCCAGCAACCCCAGACCACCAGGACAGCCACGCUCUCCUACAGGCUGGGUCCGGCACCAGGUGCGCACCUCCAGCAAGAGGUAACAACACCGCGCUGCGCCUGAGGACCAGCCGUAUAGGAGGUCAGAAAUGACCCUAUAGCCCAAGUGUGAGGAGACUCUACUGGACGCCAGCGUUCCAGAGCACUGCUGCGUGUGGGAGGACGCUGCAGCACAGACCCCCGAAAGGGAUCCCCAUGGGCUGGUGACCCCACGCCCAGCGCACUGCUGCUUACCGACAGAGCACAACGUGAUGUGCGGCCAUCAUUUAUUGCCAUGGCAACAGGGCUGUCACGCCAACUGCUGACCUAUAGGGGAGAUACAGUAGAGGAAGUGAGCGCGUACUAAGAGAGAACAGACCUAGUCAUGUCUUAAUGGAUGUGGGAGAUGAAAGCCUUUAAACUGAGAUUGAGACUUUUGGGCACUGAUGAUGUACUAGGUGAGAAGAGACCUUCAGGGACGGUUUCCCAGACACAGAUUAAGCCUAGUCCUGAACUAAAAAGUACAUCAAGAGAAUCUCCAUUAAACAUGCUUCUGAGUCCAGGACUAGUCUUAAUCUGUGUCUGGGAAAUUGGCCCGUAAUGUCUUAAUGUAUUUGGGAGAUACCAUUUUGAAGCUGGGAUUAAGAUUGUCACAUGUUGAUGAUGUAAGUGAUUGGAGGAAUUCUGGUUUGCCAAAAUGAUGAGGGAAGAUUGUUUUUAUUUGUAAAAAAAAAAAAAUGUUUCCUUCUGCCUUUCUCUUUUUUUCUUCUUUACUAUUUCACUACUGUUAGUUUUGUAAUAUGUUUUCUUGUACAAGGUUUCAUGAUUUGUGUGUAAACAAAGUAAGUCAGUUUUAGUCUGAUGAUGAAUGUGACUGGCUGAACCGUCAUUAUUAAAACCCAUGAAAAGAU